AUGCCCAUGUCCCAGGAGCUGAGGCAGGUGAGGUGGAGGCCACCACCACCCUCAGGGCAUCCAUCUGUGGGUGAUAUGCUGGGCUCUCCCCAGUGGCCUCAGAGAGCCUCCUCUCCCGACUAUGCCAGCGGCCCUGCCAGUAGGGCAUCAUCUGUUGAGUCUUCUGGCAGCCAAGGAACAGAACUGGAUGACCCACACUCUCCCUCACAAGGUGUCCUCAACAGAAAGAUGAUUGAUGUGGUUCGCUUCCUUCUCAUCAAGUACACUAGGAAGCAGCUGACAUCUAAGGCUCAGAUUCUGUACAUAGUCCUCCGUGGUUACAAGGAAUACUACCCGGUCAUCUUUUCUAAGGCAUCUGAUUGUUUGAGGCUGCUCUUUGGCCUGGAGAUAGUGGAAAGAAACGCCCCUGACCACAUCUACUCUGUUGCCCUUGCCCUUGGGAUCACCUACCAUGGGACUCAGCAAGGUUUUCCAGGCGUACCCAAGACAGGCCUGCUACUAAUCGUGCUGUGCAUCAUCUUCAUAGAGGACAACUGCGCUAGUGAGCAGGCCUUGUGGUGCGUACUGAACAACAUGGGGGUGUAUGCAGGCAGUGAGCAUUUCAUGUACGGGGAGCCCAGACGUCUCAUCACGGAGCAUUUUGUGCAGGAAGGGUACCUGGAAUACAGGCAGGUGCCUGACAGCGAUCCUCCUUCCUAUGAGGUCCUGUGGGGCCCAAGGGCCCGCGCUGAAACCACCAAGAUGAAAUUACUCAAGUUUUUUGCCAGCAUCUUUAAGCAGGAUCCCAGAGCCUACCCCUUUAGAUAUGCAGAGGCUCUGAGAGAGGAGAUAGACAGGGUCUAGGCCAGGAGGGCCGGGCAGAUGGCCCUUCUGGCUCUGCCCUGCACACGUUCUACUUCCCACACAGGCAGUUCCCAUCCAACCCCAGUACAGGCAGAGUCAGCCAUCUAAGUACCACGCCAUCAUGUGACACAUGGUGGGAGGAGCUGUGGGAACCACUCUCUCCUGUUCUUCCCUCUACUCUGUCCCGUC